AUGAGGAGCGGCGCUUUCAUCCUGUUCCUCGCCCUGGCCCUGGCAGAGGGUGCUGCUCCUGCAGAGAGGAAGUGCCAACUCAAUGGACUGUGGAGGAAUGACCAGGACUCGCUGAUGGAGAUUUCCGUGUCGAGGGACAACGGCGACUUCCAGGGACAAUACCUCACACGAGUCACUCUCUCUGGGGGCUGUGCCCAAAUCUCCCCCCUCAAGGGCACCCAGCAGCAGCUUGGAGAGGGGGGCUGGCCCACCUUCGCCUUCACUGUGCGCUGGGACAGGUUCUCCAAUGCCACCACCGCCUUCGUGGGGCAGUGCUUUGUGGACGCAGAUGGAAAGGAGAUGCUGACCACCACGUGGCUGCUGCGUGAAGCUGCUGGGUCCCUUGAGCAGGACUGGAAAGCCACGAGGGUGGGCAGAAAUAUCUUCACACGCAAACACACCACAAGAGGAAAGAUCCUGCCAAGCUUGUCCACACCCUGUGAGGAUGUGUCUUCACCAGCCCUGUGA